AUGGGUUCAAUCAGCUUUUGGAUGUGCUUGGUCAUGACGAUUUGCACCUGGAAUAAAACCAUCGGAUGCACGUGGAUGAAGACACUUCCUCGGUCUCCGAGCAUGUUCCAAGUGUUCAGCAACAACACCAUAACGAUGCUUCAGAAAAUGGUAGGAUAUGAAGUCUCUCGAGAACCUCAGAUCACUUUCCCUGACAAACAAUACAGACAAGUCAAUAAUUUCAGGGCUGACGAACAGAUGGUCUUCAUUUCGCAUACUCUGAACGCUAUAAAGAAAUUGUACAGCAGUGGUAAAUAUGAGUCCACCGCCUGGGACCUGAAAGGAGUUGACAAGUUUAUGAAUGACCUCUAUCGCCAGACCUCGGAGCUGGACCAAUGCGUAAAGGCUAUGAAAACUAGACAUUCAAAAUCUGUCAAAAGAGUGAACAAAAAGAUGAGCCUUCACUUCAAGUUCCUGAAGAAUUACUUGAAACGCGAGGAUUACAGCGCAAGCGGCUGGGAAGACAUAAGGACAGUGGUGCUGGCACACCUACAAAGACUAGACACAACAUUAAGUAGCCAAUGA